AUGUGGGACCGGCUGCGGGGCAGUCGGGCGGCGGGCGGCGGCCGGAGCGCGGCCGCGAUGGCGCAACGCGACGAGAAGGUGCCGGCGGCGGCGGCGGGCGAGAGCGAGCCCGGGGCCGGGGCCGGGGCCGGGGCCGGGGCCGCGGCCGAGCGGGGACACAGCGGGGCCGCCGCGCCCUUCCAGCCCCCCGAGGGCGGCUUCGGAUGGGUGGUGGUCUUCGCCGCCGCCUGGUGCAACGGCUCCAUCUUCGGCAUCCACAACUCCUUCGGGAUCCUCUACAUGAUGCUGCAGAGCGACCUGGGCGAGGGGGAGAAGGACCCGGCGCUAGAGUUUAAAACAGCGUGGGUUGGCUCCCUGGCCAUGGGGAUGAUUUUUUUCUGCUCCCCCAUCGUCAGCAUCUUCACGGACCGGAUCGGCUGCAGGACCACGGCGGCCAUGGGAGCCACCAUCGCCUUCAUCGGCCUCCUCUGCAGCUCCUUCACCAGGUCGCUGGAAGUUCGUUAUUUCACGUAUGGGAUCCUCUUUGGCUGUGGCAGCUCCUUCGCCUUCCAGCCCUCGCUGGUCAUCCUUGGUCACUACUUCAAGCGCCGCCUGGGCUUGGCCAACGGCAUCGUGGCCGGCGGCAGCUGCCUCAUCUCCGUGCCGCUGCCCUUCUUCCUGAAGAUGGUCGGGGGUGCCAUCGGGCUGGCACACACUUUCCAAGUACUCAGUGCCUUAAUGUUCAUCCAGAUCUUCUUGGCCAUGACCUACCGGCCCAUGCUGACGCCGUCUUGUGACUCCCAGCACGACGGGCACGACAAGCUGGGCAGCCGCAGCGUGAGGCAGCAGUGCUGGGCCCAGACCCGCAAGUAUUUCAACCUGAGGGUUUUCAGGAGGAAGACCUACAGGAUUUGGGCUUUUGGGAUUGCUACUGCUGUCCUGGGAUACCUCGUACCUUACAUGAACCUGGUCAAGUACGUGGAGAAGCGGUUUCAGGAAACCAAGAAGGACUGGAUCCUGCUGGUUUGCCUGGGGGCCAUGUCGGGGCUGGGGCGCCUGGUUUCGGGACGCAUUGGCGACUGCAUUCCCGGGCUGAAGAAGAUUUACCUGCAGGUGGCAUCCUUCAUGCUGCUGGGCCUCCUGUGCAUGAUGAUCCCCCAGUGCCGAGGCUUCGAGGGCGUCAUUGUCAUCUGCCUCUUCCUCGGCCUCUGCGACGGCUUCUUCACCACCAUCAUGGCCCCCAUUGCCUUCGAGCUGGUGGGGCCCAUGCAGGCAUCCCAGGCCAUAGGGUACCUCAUGGGGCUGAUGGCCGUGCCCAUGACUGCAGGCACGCCCAUAGCAGGAUACCUCAACGAUUAUUUUGGGAAUUACGACGCUGCCUUUUACUUCGCGGGGGUGCCGCCCAUCAUCGGCGGGCUGGUGCUCUCCGUGGUGCCGCUGGUGCACCAGAGGAUGCUGAGGAAGCAGCGCCUGGACGGCGGCAAGGACAAGAUGCUGGGCUCGGAGGCGGUGGUGAACGGGGAGCUGCUGCCGGGCUGCCCGGCCUCCGAGGCACACAUGUGACAGCCCUGCCAGCCCUGCGGGGACACCAGCAGCCUCCCCGCGGCCCCAGCACUGCCCCCGACGGACCGUGAUUCCCACUGGUUGCAGAUGCACUACGUUUGUAAAGGAGAAAACGCGCAGAAAUCUUUUUUUUUUUUUUUUUUUUUUUUUUUUUGGGACAGUUUUGGUUUCAAAGCCACCGUUUCUUGUUGUUGUUUUUUUUUUUUUUUUUAAAUCCCCCUCCUCUAAGCGUUUUUCUAAAGGAGAGCUCUCACCAGGAUUCAAACUUGAUCGAGCUCCCUCUCCUCUCCCUGGUUUUCUAAACAUCACCACAGAGGUUUACAGCUAAUAAAUGCCUUUUCCAAGCAGGCCACGGAUGGAACUUGUUGAACCAUGCAGCUGUCCAUCCUCCUCCUCCUCCAGUGCCACUGGGGUGUCACAUCCAAGUGAGACAGCCCCCUCCCCGUCCAGCACCUGGAGCUGUUCUGGAGCCAGAGAUCCGAAGGAGGAAACGCUGCUUUAGUCUGAUGCACAAACCAAAUAAAUGUCAGCCAGUCCCGCUUUCAUCUUCUUCUUUCCUCCUUUCCCGCUGCUCUCCCACACCCCCAGGGAGCUGCAGCUGGGAUGACAGGGAGCUCAGCUGGCUCCAGCCAUGGGAGUCACACAGGAGCACACCCUUCCUGCAAAAUAUGCCUUAAAAACGCCUGGAUGAGACCAGCAGCUCCCUUGGCCGCUUUCCACCUCCGUUUUCCCACCCAGCAAUUCAUGAUUUGGGCUUUUGAGCUGCAAGAGAGAAGGGGCAGCUCCUUGUAGAGCCCACAGUGCCUGGCUCUGUGGGGCCAGAUCCUUGGGAUUGCCACCAAAAUGGGAACUUUGGUGGCUUUGAGGGCUGGGACUGAGCCCUGUGUCAGCUCUGUGCUGGGAUGUGACUUCCCUGCUGGCUCAGGGCACAGGGUGCUGUUUUGGGGAGCCAGUUGUGUAUUGUGCAGCAAUAAGCAUGGUGGGGAGUCCCAGUUUUCCAAAGGGUUGCUCAGCCCCAGUAGCAUUUAACUGUUGGCUGUGUGUUGUCAGUGGUCAGUGCUGAUGCAGGGGGCAGGGAGAGUGAAGGAAAUCACACAGUCAGUACCCACCACACUCAGUGGCAGCAGAAUCAGGGCAGGAAUCCAUCACAGAAAACUGUAGAAAUUCAAAUUGCCCAAAAGCUGUGACUGCCCCAGCCCUGGGAGUGCUCCAGGCCAGGUUGGACAGGGCUGGGAGCAACCUGGGACAGUGGAAGGUGUCCCUGCCCAUGGCAAGGGGCUGGAAUGAGAUGAGCUUUAAGGUUCAUUCUAACCCAAACCAUUCCAUGAUUCUGUGAUCAUCUCCAGGGAUUGCUAAUGAGCGUGGCUAAUGAGUGAGGAGGGAAGUUCUCCUGCCCUGCUGGGUCCCUGUGUGAGCAAGGAGGCAGCUGGGACUGGGGAGCUUUUUCCUGGGAGAGAGCAAGAAACAAAACUCACGUUUAUCCUGGCUGCAAACCCAUCCUCCAUCAGAUUUUCAUUUUUGUUCACCUGCCACUGAAAAGCUGAGGUGUCUGAAGAGGGAUGUGAGUGGUGGGAACCAUCCCUUGCUCUCCAGGCGAGUGUGGGGGUUUGGGACACCAGGACACGUCUGUGCUGUGGAAAUUUGGGCUCAGUGGAGGCCCCUCCCACGGGCAGCAGUGGGACUUUUGUACAUAAUAGGCUCAGGACCCUGCAUGUCCCUCUGGCCCUGUUUUUUAACCCCUGUUGGUUGAUGCAUUGUAAGGUCUCGUGCUCUUGUGGCCCCUCUGUCCCUGUACGAGCUGGAAAACUUCCUGGUGUGUUGUGACGUGUCUGUUUAUGAUAUAAAAUGAGAUGUCUGCUUGUCUCUUGCUUGGA